UUCUCUUCUUAAGUUGAUCAGUUUCACAGCCCAGCUAGCUAACAUGGAAAGGUUCUCAUUUCUAUUGGUGCUCUUUUGUUGCUUCCAUGUUGCCUUCUCCUUUACUCAUGUGAUCAAUGGAGAGUUUGAGCUUGGACCAAAGCCACAGGACAUGAAAGGCACGGUGGUGACCGGGGGUCCCCACUCUAUACCCGGGUGGGAGAUCUCUGGCUUCAUUGAGUACAUAAAAUCAGGGCAGAAACAAGAUGACAUGUUGCUUGUGGUGCCAAAUGGAGCUUAUGCGGUGAGGCUUGGCAACGAGGCCUCUAUUAAGCAAAAUCUAAAAGUGGUAAAAGGAAUGUACUAUUCUAUCACGUUUGUAGUGGCACGCACGUGUGCACAAGAGGAAAAGCUAAACGUUUCUGCGGCUCCAGAUUGGGUGGUGCUCCCAAUGCAAACGGUGUAUGGUGGAAAUGGUUGGGAUGCUUAUGCAUGGUCUUUCCGAGCAGAUUACCCUUCAGUAGACAUGGUUUUUCAUAACCCGGGAAAGGAGGAGGAUCCUGCUUGUGGACCAAUCAUUGAUUCUAUUGCUAUCCAACCUCUGUACCCUCCUAGACUAACUAACAAGAACGUGUUGAAGAACGGUGGAUUUGAAGAAGGACCAUAUGUGUUUCCUAACACAUCAUCGGGUGUGCUUAUCCCGCCCAAUAUUGUAGACCACAUCGAACACUCUCCCCUGCCAGGGUGGAUGGUGGAGUCCCUAAAAGCUGUUAGAUACAUAGACUCAGACCAUUUCUCAGUUCCCAAAGGGAAAAGAGCCGUGGAGCUAAUAGGAGGAAAAGAAAGUGCCAUUGCACAAGUAGCCAGAACCAUUCCUGGCAAAACAUACACCCUUUUCUUUGCUGUGGGAGACGCUGGCAAUUCCUGUGAAGGGUCACUGAGUGUUGAAGCAUAUGUAGGCAAAGAAAGUGUAAAGGUGCCUUAUGAGUCCAAAGGCAAAGGUGGGUUUAAACGUGCAACUCUAAAGUUUGUGGCUGUUAGUACAAGAACGCGCAUUUUGUUCCUUAGCACCUUCUACAACAUGAGAAGUGACGAUCUCGCUUCGCUGUGUGGGCCUGUGAUUGAUGAUGUCACCUUGAUCAGUCUUCGCAAACCACACAGAAGAUUCCACAUUUGAGAAUUUCAUAAACCAGUGUAACGAAUCAAAUGUAGAAUUCCACAUUUGACGUCUGAGGUGUUGUAUUAUUUUUGCCUUUUCUUUGUUGUUUUCAACAGAGGCGAAACAGUAAUGCAUGUAAUUCACUUUACUUUGUCCAACAUAUUCACUUCAA